UCUCCCUCUGUCUGGGUUUCUCUCGGCCUUUCUGUCCGUCCUUUUUUUUUUUUUUUUUUGUCCUCCACCCCCCUCCGACUCUCAGUCCCUCGGACUCUCCACACCACCAUCAGCCCUCCUCCCCUCUGCUUCCUUCAUCAUACUCUCUAUCCGGACCUCUCUCUGCCUCUUCCUCAACUAUAUUUCCCAUCACGCUCUCAUCGCGGACCCGAGUUCGUGCCAUAUACAUAG